AUGUCCAUAUCUCAGCUCCCCAACGAGCUCAUCUCCUAUAUCCUCAACUUCCUCGACGUUCCCUCCCUCUUUGAACAACACCAAUACGAUGACCCAGCACACAUCCCAAGCCCCGAUGCCGUGGGCUUGUCCGACUCCUUCCAUGGCACCAUCAAAAGCGCAUCACUUGUUUGCCGCCUCUGGAGACGCUGCACCCUACCUCUGCUUUUCCGAAACGUCGUCUGGAGAUUUCAGCACAUGAAUCGUCCAUUCGGAUGCCAGGAUCCGCUCAGCACCGUUGACGAGCUCGAGUUUCUGCGCUUCCUUGUUAUGACUGGACUUGCACGAUAUGUCGACAGCCUUACCAUCAUCAUCGAUUAUCCCUUGGCUGAGAUUGGCGAGGAUUUUACCCAUCACGCGAGUUGGGGCAUCCUCCCUAGCCAUUGCCCUGCCCUGAUUCGCCAAGGACCAGACGGUGAUCUCGUUGCAUCCGGGCCAGCCUACGACCAUCACUCCAAGUGCCAGUCCAACAAUUGGCUCUGGCAGACCAUCUUCAAUCAUCUAGAUUUGUUAACCAUCAACCUCAUCAGCUCUCCUGCUAUUCUCGCGUCGCUGCUGGGUCGGCCAAUUAAUUUGUCCGGGUCCUGGAUCUUCCGUCAGCGUUUCCAUAUUCUCUCCCUUUCCAGGCCAGCAGAGACACGCCAGCAAGCCGCCACUCCCUCGAGCAACUCGACAGCACUGGUAAACACUUCGCCUGGAAGCAGGGCGCAAACAACCGUUCCUUGCUCCCUCUUCAGCAUUCGUCCAUGGGAGUCGAUGCUCCUCAACGAGGGUUCCUCAGUCAAGGUCUAUACAACAUACGAAUAUUUUAACCACGUGCCCCCUUCCAUUCUACCUGCGCUCCUGGAUUCGGGGGAUGAGUCCAUGCAGCCUCUUCUAUGCAAAACCCUCCGCUCCCUCUCCUACAUCGCCAUCUUCCCACUCGCCACACACAUAAACGACGUCCUCAUCCCCCGCAUCCCAGCUCUUGAGCGAUUCUACAUCCAGAUCGUCCCCCGAGCGCCCAGCUUCGCCGAAGACGACUACCGCCACCCCGCCAUGGACAUAUCGGAUCUGUGGAUGGAGCGGAAUACGGCCUACGCCCAGCUCGUCAUGGCCAUAUUUGACCCACCUCCCCUGGGCUCGUGGAGUAGCCUGCAGUACUUUGAGUCCGGAGAUGCCAUCGAUAGGGAGGCGUGGGAACAAGCUGUAAGAUAUGUGAUAUUCGCAGCAGGCGCCACUUGGAAGGUUGCUGGGGAGGGCAAAUUUGUCAGAAGGAACGACAAGGUGCCUAUGCCAAUUCUCUAA